UAACGCCACUGGGUGGCAGCAGAGCGUAUAAUGCUUCACUCUGUUCAAACUAAAUAAGGGAGAAGAAGAAAUUCAAAUUUACUUGGAACGGGAACUCAUCCGGCGUUGGAAUAUGAACGAGCUGGAGGAUCUCAGCCACCACAUUCACGACAGGAUCUCCUCUUUACAGCGCAUGCUCGACCUGUCAGUUGUUGCUUUGCCCCAACAAAAGAUAAGGCAACUCGGAAAAGAACUUUAUACUUUGGAGACACUGUUGGAGGACUUUGAAAACUGUGUUGACAGACAGAAGAACCAUCUCAAACAACUGAAGGAACUUGACACUUCGAUCCAGAACAAUGUGGAAAAAUUGAAUCACCUGAAAGACCAUGUUCCAGCCCAAAUGGCUGUGAGGAAAGGACCAGUAAAUGACAGCGACCGUGUUGUAAACAGAACAGAAGAAGCCGUUGUUCAACAAGCUCAAACAGAAAAGGUCAAAAAGAGAAGCAAGAACUACAUCAGAGAGAUAGAGUUCAUCACCGUGGCAGAGUUUGAGAGCAUCCCUCAGUAUAUGAAAGGACGUGUAUCAUAUGAAAAACUUAAUGCUGCAGUGCAAAGCAUUAACACAGCUGUGACAGCAAAGUACAAGAUCCUCCAUCAGUCGGUGAAAACUCUGAACAACCAUGCUCGAAAGCUGUACCAGGGCUUCAAAGAGCAGGAGACAAAGGAUACAGAAGGUCAGUACUUCGUGGUGGACGAUGACAUAUUGAAGUUCGCUGAAACAAAAGUGGACAAACCGUUUCGGGGACUCUUGAACAUGCUGCGACACUGCCAGCGCCUGCGGGAGGUACGGGGGGGAGGCCUCACACGAUACAUCUUGUUAUGAGAACAGAACACACCUUCAGGUUUGCCUGGCAUUCUGAGCCUGCGGUGUACAUAACUGUCCCUUUAACAUUGUGCAAAGAUUAUUCUGGAGUUAAUAAACAGUAUAAAUGUACAAUGAAAUGGAUACAGAUCAUUUGUAUUAUUAU